AAAACCCAAGGAAAAAAUUUGAGCCGUUAUACCAUUCCAUUUAAGUCUUUUCUAUUGAAAUUGAAAUACCUGUCAUUUUAUCAGAUGGACCAUGAAGCACUGGCCACGACAUUUCCUCUGGGAGUCUUUUCACCAACGAACUUACCCGCCUUUCAAAUCCCAGUUUCCCCGUUCUCUCCUCACCGCAAGAUUUUGCAGGGACCGCACCACUUUCCCGAGCUCGUUCGGAAAGUGCAACCUCACCUUCACGCCCGCUUACACAUCUUACUCUGAACUCCUGUCACUAUGCUGCAUUACCCAAUCUCUAAGACCUGGCAUGCGAGUCCAUGCUCUCUUAACCGAAUGUGGGUUAUCCAAAGAUCCAAAGCUUCAGAAUCAUCUGAUCAAUUUCUACUUGAAAUGUCGGGUUUUUGGGUAUGCCCACAAGCUGAUCGAAGAAAUGACACAACCAGAUUUGGUUUCCUGGUCUGCUCUGAUAUCUGGGUACGCUCAGAAUGGACUUGGUGAAGAAGCCCUUUUAGCUUUUCAAGAGAUGUACUUGUUAGGUCUUAGGUGUAAUGAAUUUACGUUUCCAAGUGUUCUUAAGGCUUGCUCGAUUACUAAGGAUUUGAAGGGAGGGAGGCAAGUUCAUGCAAUUGUAGUUGUUACGGGGUAUGAAUCUGAUGUGUUUGUUGCGAACACUCUGGUUGUAAUGUAUGCCAAAUGCGGUGAGUUUUUAGAUUCUAAGAGACUCUUUGAAGAUAUUCCUGAAAGGAAUGUUGUUUCGUGGAAUGCGUUGUUCUCUUGUUAUGUGCAUAGUGAUUUUUGCAGAGAAGCAGUGAAUUUGUUUCAUGAAAUGAUUCUUGGUGGAAUGAAACCGAAUGAGUUUACUCUCUCAAGUCUAGUGAAUGCUUGCACGGGUUUGGGUGAUCCUGAUCAAGGUAGGAAAAUUCAUGGGUAUCUUAUAAAACUUGGGUAUGAUUCGGAUCCAUUCUCUUCAAAUGCACUUGUUGAUAUGUAUGCAAAAGUAGGAGAUCUUGUGGAUGCAAUUGCAGUUUUUGAGAAAAUUGAGCAACUUGAUAUUGUUUCUUGGAAUGCUGUUAUUGCUGGUUGUGUUCUUCAUGAAUGUCAUGAUUGGGCGUUGGAACUGUUGGGGCAAAUGAGAAGGUCAGGAAUAAAUCCAAAUAUGUUUACCUUGUCCAGUGCUCUGAAGGGGUGUGCUGCGUUAGGGCUCAAAGAAUUGGGCAGACAGUUGCACUCUUGCUUAAUAAAAACAGAAAUGAAACUGGAUUUUUUUGUGAGUGUCAGCCUUAUUGAUAUGUACUCCAAGUGUGAUUUGAUGGAGGAUGCAAGGAUGGUUUAUGAUUUGAUGCCAGAAAAGGACUUGAUUGCAUGGAAUGCAGUGAUCUCUGGACAUUCACAAAAUGGGGAAGAUGAAGAAGCUCUGUUCCUUUUCUCUAAGAUGCACAGGGAAGGAAUACGGUUCAACCAGACUACCUUGUCUACAGCCCUUAAAUCCACAGCUAGCUUGCAGGCUGUCAUUGUUUGUCGACAAGUUCAUCCACUUUCUAUUAAAACAGGGUUUCUAUAUGAUACAUGUGUUGUAAACAGCCUGGUUGAUUCAUAUGGGAAAUGUGGCCACGUGGAAGAUGCAGCAAAAAUUUUUAAAAAUUGUCCAAUUGGAGACGUGGUUUCCUUCACAUCUAUGAUCACAACUUAUGCUCAGUGUGGACAAGGUGAAGAAGCUCUAAAGCUUUAUUUGAAAAUGCGAGAUAUGGAGCUCAAUCCAGAUCAAUUUGUUUAUAGUUCUCUUUUGAAUGCAUGUGCUAAUUUAUCAGCAUAUGAACAGGGGAAACAAGUACAUGUUCACAUCUUGAAGUUUGGAUUCCUGUCAGACAUUUUUUCUGGGAAUUCUCUUGUUAACAUGUAUGCCAAAUGUGGAAAUGUAGAUGAUGCUGGCCUUGCUUUUUCUGAGAUACCCCAGAGGGGAAUAGUGUCAUGGUCUGCAAUGAUUGGAGGACUUGCUCAACAUGGGCAUGGGAAAGAAGCCCUGAAUUUAUUCAAUGAUAUGCUCAAAGAUGGUGUUUCUCCCAAUCAUGUAACUCUUGUCAGUGUGCUCUGUGCAUGUAAUCAUGCAGGUUUGGUAACUGAUGCAAAACAAUAUUUUGAAUCAAUGGGAGAAUUAUUUGGAAUUGAACCGACACAAGAACAUUAUGCUUGCAUGAUUGAUCUCCUUGGUCGAGCAGGGAAAUUAACUGAGGCAGUGGAGCUGAUAAAUACAAUGCCAUUUGAAGCCAAUGCCUCAGUUUGGGGGGCACUUCUUGGUGCAUCAAGAAUACAUAAGAAUGUUGAACUUGGUCGACUUGCUGCUGAGAUGCUUCUCAUUCUUGAACCAGAGAAAUCAGGUACUCACAUUCUUCUUGCAAACAUUUAUGCAUCAGUUGGCAUGUGGGAUAAUGUUGCAAAGAUGAGAAGGCUUAUGAAAGAAAGCAAGGUAAAAAAGGAGCCAGGGAUGAGUUGGAUUGAGGUGAAAGACAAGGUAUACACCUUUUUGGUAGGAGACAGAAGCCAUGCUAGAAGCAAGGAGAUAUAUGCGAAGCUUGAUGAGCUGAGUGACUUAAUGUAUAAAGCUGGAUAUGUUCCUGCAGUAGAGGUUGACCUCCAUGAUGUGGAAAGAAGUGAAAAGGAGCUGCUUCUCUACCACCAUAGCGAGAAACUUGCCGUGGCCUUUGGGCUGAUUGCCACUCCACCAGGUGCCCCCAUUAGGGUGAAGAAGAACCUUCGGGUGUGCGUGGACUGUCAUACAGCAAUGAAGUUCAUUUGUAAAAUAGUUUCAAGAGAGAUUAUUGUCAGAGAUGUCAACCGAUUCCACCAUUUCAGGGAUGGUUUGUGUUCUUGUGAUGAUUACUGGUAAUUUUUUGGAUUAAUCCUCUACUGGGAUUUCACACUCUCUUUACCCCUAUACAUUUUCCUAUUCUUUUGUGACAACAAGAGGCAUGUUGAUGGCUUUUUUUCUUCUCACUUAAACAGAGUCUUUUUUUGUAUUCCAUUAGUUGUGUCAACUCAAAUGUUGUCCGAGGAAGUAGAACAAGGGUUCAUCUAUUACAUGAUUGCAAGCAGAGGAAAAACUUCUAAUCAUCUGGAGUUCAUACCCAGUUUCUUGCCUACUAUGUUGAAUAAUGCCCGUCUUUCUUUGCUUCAACUUAAGCUCAAUCGAUAUUUGGAUGCAUACCAGGUGGUGGUGCUAAUUUCUCUUCCAAGUCUCUGGUGCAUCUAUCUUGAGAAGAGAAUUGUCCUGUCGACAUGACCACCUAAGCCAUCUCUAAUGAUGUGUUUCUUUUGCUUAGCUAUUUUAUUUGGUUUUAUGAUCCACAAUAAGUUACAAGUUCAUCAGUUAGUGGUUAGCUAUAAAGAAAACUCGUCAGAUUAUAGGAAUUGUUUUGUUUAUUACUUAUAUAUUGAUGAAUGUUGGAACAAAUUCAUUACUUAAAUCAUGAUUACUUUUAUAGCCAAA